AUUCAAGAACUGAACUAUUUAAUCUGGUUACAAGGGCUAUAUAGUCUAAUGCAGAAACAUUUGCAAAUCCAAUUAGAGUUAGACAAUAUUAGUCAGAGUCCCGGAUUUUACAUGGGACAACGCGUUGUAGUUUCAAGGCCAAGUGCUGCCUACAUUGUAUACUACCGUUCCCAAGAUUCUCAGUACUGGCACAGUGUUUCCGGAGUUUGUGUUGUUAGGGGGAAGGUGAGCGCCUGGGACCUGUUGGAAAUGACGGGACGAGAAAUCGGAUACCAGUGCGCAAAUCGAGCCGAACACCCCCGAAGAUAAGACACAACUUCAGACCAGCAGAAGGGUUAUGUUCAAUGGAGACCCUGAUGAGUGCUGUGGGCCCGCGGGGCGCGGGACCAGCCAAGCGGGCCUCGGAGGUGGACUUCCGGUCGGGCACGGCGCUGGAGCAGCUCUCCGCGCAGGUGUUGGAGCUGGUGCAGCUGGAGCAGUGCGAGUUCGGGGAUCAGACGGCCCUGGAGGUCCACACCGCCAAAGAUUUCAUCUUUAACAUGCUCGGCCUAGUGCAGAAGGUGGACCAGCGCCUCCCGGUCUCCAACGAGUACCUCCUCCUGAGUGGCGGUGCCCGAGAGGGCGUCCUCGACAUCAACCCUGAGGACCUGGGCAACUACGCCAAGGGCGUGGACUUCGACCUGGACUUCACGCUGCUGGUCCCCGCCAUCAAGCUGCACGACCGCAACCAGCCCGUCACCCUGGACAUGCGCCAGUCCGCCCCCUGCCACUCCUGGCUCAGCCUGCGGCUCUGCGACCCGGCCAUGCUGGCACGCUGGCGCACCUGCUGCGAGGACGAAGGCUCGCCUGGCGAGGAAUACGGGGAGAUAGGGGGAGGGCGCGGGGCACUUCAAUCGCUUCAGUCGUCGCCGCAGGGUUUGGACGGCUGCUAUUUCUCGCCCGCGCUGGUCGCCGAUUGGUUCUGGAACGUGGUGGGCGUGGCGGUGGAGGAGCUGAAGAGGAACCCGCAGCGGGGCAUCCCCGUGCCGGACCGGGUCGAGCGGAACGGGCCCAUCACCACGCUGGUUCUGACGGCGGGCACCAGUCGCGUUCUCUACGACCUGCUGCCGGUGGUGUCCUUCCGCGGCUGGCCGGCUGUGGCGCAGGGCUGGCUCACCACCAACCACUUCUGGGACGGCAAGAUCACCGAGGAGGAGGCCAUCAGCGGGUUCUACCUGCUGCCCUGCUGCUCCCCGCGAGGGGGGCGUCCCGACCGCGAGUGGCGCCUGGCCUUUUCGCGCAGCGAGGUGCAGCUCAAGAAGUGCGUGCCCUACCCCAUGGCGCAGGCCUUCCAGGCGGCCAAGGCCGUGCUGACGCGCCUGCUCUCGCGGCCCCGCAUGGGCCUGAGUCUGUACCACCUGCGGGCGCUGCUGUUCUGGGCGUGCGACCGGCUGCCCGCCGCGUACCUGGGCUGCCCCGACCGCGAGACGCCGGCGCGACUACUCCUGGGGCUCCUGGACGACCUGUCGCACUGCAUCCUGGGAAAGAACUGCCCUAACUACUUCCUGCCGCAGUGCAACAUGCUGGAGCACCUGACGGACAGCGCCGCCCUGCUGGCGGCCAGGAAGCUUGCGCAUUUGCGCUCGGACCCUGGGGAGCACCUGCGGGCUGCCCUGGAUCAGGCGCGGCAAGCUACCAGGCUGAAGAAGGAGGCGGCAGGUCUGGCCAACGGGCACGGCGCGUCUUCGAUGCCGGGCUCACCGGGCGCCCACCUCUCCCCGCAGGACGACAAGCUGGCGCAGAGGCUGCAGCAGCUGGUCACAGAGAAUCCGGGCAAGUCCAUCUCCGUGUUCCUCAACCCCGACGAUGUCACCCGGCCGCACUUCCGCAUCGAUGAUAAGUUCUUCUGAGGUGCCACGGCUUGAGGGGCAUCACUGGGGCAUCUGUUUAGGAGGGCUUUGCAUGGGGGCAAUUGGGGCGGGCCCCCCUUGCUUUUUUUGAAGAGCUACUGAGCUAAAGAUGCUAACACUAAAGCUAACCUUAAGAUUUCAGGCAGGGAGCGCACACACACACUCCAUGGUACUGAUUCAUGAUGAACUGCUUGCAAAGAAGACACUGACUUGGAGAAUCAUAGCUUUUAUAUGCACUAUAUGUUUGCUGUUCAGAGCUGCUGUAAGGUACCUAGUGGGGGUGGGCUUGAUUGCACCAUUUGCAUAGAGCCUGCCUGCCUGAAUACAACUCUUGAGUUAUUCCCUUAUAAGGAAUCAGGAGAUGUCACUGAUGAAAGAGCUGAAAUGUACAAGGAGCAGGUGCAGGAGACUUAACUUUUUUAAGGGAAACCUUAUUGUGUCUGUGUGUGUGAGCGAGAGAAUGAGUGUGUGUGUUUCCAGUGUCCAGUGUUUCCUGCUGUUUUAUGAAGACGGGUGUAAGCAUGUCGCUCAGCAGGAGCAUCUCUUUAUAUUUAUUUCUUUUUAUUUCUUUCCUCUUCUUUUUCUCCUCCUCCAUACUGCUGAGCGGCGUCUCUUAAGUCUGUUUUUGCUCGGCUGUGAGUCUCCCGUCACCCUGAGCUCCGCGGCGAGCACGUGAAGGAUGCUCUCCUCGGCGAGCACGUGAAGGAGACGCGUAGGUGGAGCUGAUGUAAGGCAAUGCAACUUGGCUCGGGGGAAAAAAAGGAGGGCAACUUCUUAAAAGCAGCCAUAGUCUCCCUUUCUUCUUCUGUCUUUCUUUUUUUUUCUCCUCUUUCUCUUUCUCUCUUUUUCACUUUUAUUCUUAGGCUGCCCUUGUUUCAACCCUGUCUAUACAGCUCCCUCUUGAGCCUAUCCCUCCCUUUCUCUCAGGUAUCCAUACAUUUUUUACGAAGGUCAGGGUACGAUCGUCCCGCCCCCGUCCUAACCCCCCCCAACCCCCGGAUUGGGUCGAGGGUAUUGUUCUGACUCGUCCAGCUGGUUCCCCCAUGUGUCUUGAUCCACUCCACAACACUAGACUGCCAGGCCAACUGUACUGCCUGCCUGUUUGUCCGUCUUCCUUCCUCCCUUCCUUCCUUCCUUCCCGCCUGCCCGCCUGCCCGACUGACUAAGUAAGAAUCCGAGAGGCUACUGAACGUCAUGCACCAAAGAGCCUUGGCCCCCCUCUUUGCCAGACCUGGUACCAGGCCCAGUAUCAGGCCCGGUAUCAGGCCUCCCUUAACUGCUGCUAGGGGCUGGGAAGCUGAGCUUAGCCGAGAUCCAGCCAUGGUCUGCUGGACCAUCUGAACUGCUUUUAGAAGAGAGAAUUUCCAAAGGAUUUCAAACUCGGACUCCUCAACCAUUUCAGGGCUCUGGGAAUAUCAGCGCCCAAGUGUGUGUGUGUGUGAUGUGGACAGUGUCGUGUAUGGUUUUUGCGAUGUCUGAUGUUUUGCUACUGCACGCCUGGUGACUGGGUGUUUUCUUUUUUACAUUUUAUUUCAAAAGUGUUUUUUUUUUUUUUGGUGUAUAUGCCAUUUUAGCCCAGCAUGGGGGGUGUACACCUCGAAUCCCCCUCGGGGGAAGAUGGAGAUGGUGUGGCCAUAUUUCAAAGAGACGUUUUGAUUGUACACAGGUCGUUUACAGACGUCUACAGACAAUGCUGCAGGUUAGCUCCUCUGGCCUUGGAGGUCUGCUCACAACACACUCAAUGUCAGGUGUUACAGCGUGUGUACUUCUCACAUGCAACAUCUGUGUGAUGUGGCCAACGCAAGGGGUUGGUUUGCACUUCGGGCGAACCUCAACCGUCACAGCAAACAGCAUUAGUAACCAUCACAGUGUCUGUGUCUCAAUGGUCCUGUAAAACAUAUUGCUGCAUUUAGAGAUUAGACGCCAUGCCCAUGAACCUCACAAAAAAAUAUGUAUGGUCACAUGAAGCUGUUGGGUAUGGCCGAAAAAAAAAAAAAAAAGAAAACAA